CUGCCUCUACAGAGUGGUAACAAAGGAUGCAGGUGGAUAGAAGAUUGACUUACACCAGCGAGUGCUAUCUGUCGCUAAUCCCAAUUCCGCCCAGCUUCUACUGCUGCCCCUCCUUGCACACGCCCUUCACGUAAAACAAAACUCCACUAACAAGGCGUCAACUGCGCCCAAGUCAACCAAACUUUCUACAGUUUUCAGCUCUUCUGAUCGAUUGAAGUAUAAAUAUAAUUCUCUGUAGAGGGUAUCUUGGAGCUCUUGUACAGUUGUCAACUAUCAUACGUUUACAAUGGCCACAAUUCGACAUGCCCGAAGGGAGGAUGCUCCCACAAUUCUCCAGCUCAUCCAGGAGCUCGCAGAUUACGAGAAGGAGCCUGAUGCGAACAAGGCGACCGUUGAAAGCAUCCAGGCCACAGUCGCGUUCGCACCCUCCGACUCCCCUAAUGUCGACGCCUCCAUUAUCCCAGCCACCGAACCUAUAUCACCAACGAAGCCCGCUCGUUGCCUUCUCCUCUUUACCCCCGAAGGUGAAGCCGCUGGCAUGGCAUUGUACUUCUACAACUACAGCACAUGGCGCUCGCGUGCUGGUAUCUACCUAGAGGACCUAUACGUGCGCGAAUCGGCACGUGGCAAGGGAUACGGCAAGAAACUGUUGAGCACUCUGGCUAAGCAAGUCCUUGCCAUUGAUGGCGCUCGGCUUGAUUGGGUAGUUCUCAAGUGGAACGAGCCCAGCAUCAAGUUCUACGAGAGCAUUGGUGCAUACGCUAUGAACGAUUGGGUCGGUAUGCGUGUUGAUGGCGAGGGCCUGAACAAACUGGCCAAUUUAACGGAUUGAUAGGCAUAAUGGAAAACAAAACAGUCAAAUGUUCACUGAGCACGGAGGCCAUAUGAAAUGUGAUGUCUAUGACUUCUGCGUCUCAAGAGGGUUGGCCGCAGUCCUUGAUUGUGAAUAUGGCGCUCGUUGAGAUCGGGAGGGGGGGUUUGGCUUUUUACCCUUGCUAUCGACGUCCUCGAAAAUAGCCAGUUGCGCUCUUGUAGGGGGGACCGCGGGGGUUGUCAAAGCACCCCAUAUGAACUUGAGCUUGUCUGGCUUCGAAUCUGGAUCCAUCUUCGGGG